AUGAGCACAACACCAGCGGCCCACACAACACCUGCACAACCGGUAAAGCAAGUCUACGCGAAACAGAAUACACCAUCCAGCACCGGCCAAACAAGAACAACAAACACCUCGACGAAACAACUGCAACCAGCACCCACAAAGUCGGGGCUGACUAGACCACGACAGAAGGACAAGGCGUGGCUGAGGAGUACAUGGCGACGAAAAGACCCAACAACAACGGCUCAACAACAAAUUGGACGCUCAUAG